AUGAGCGGCGAGGAUGCUGUAGAGAAAGCUUUGGAUCUGGGGAUUUGGUACUUCAAACAGGAAGAGUUUAAGGAUGCCCUGAGUCUGUUCACCAAGGCAUUGAAGCUGGCAGUCUCUUACGAUGAGAAAAGGCUUGAAGAAAUACGUGUAUUUCACGGUUUGAGCAAAAAGCCACUUCCUGGAUCAGGUGAAUUAGUGCAUCCACGACUAGUUAAACUACUUGAUAAUCGAGCAGCCGCGUGGGAAAAAUUGGGAGACUUGCAAAGGGCGUUGAAAGAUGCCUGCAGAUGCGUUAGAUUCGAACCUCUCAAUUUGAAAUGCUACCUUAGAAGAGGCAAAAUCCUGCAGAAACUGGGCAAGGAUCAGGACGCUCUUCACACCUAUACGGAAGGACUGCGGAAAAUGAGGGAAAUGGAAGAAAAAUGGCAAUUGAGUUCUUCCCCGAAAUUGGAAGCCCUCGUAAAUUACCAGAUUUCCCUGAUCAAUAGUAGAUCCAAGGCGCAGGUAGCCUUGCCCAAGAGGAAAAAACGCGUGUUUAUUCCACCUCCAGCUGACGGACAGAAAGAUUUGCCAAAUCAUAAGAAUUUGAAGACUAACGCCACGCAACUAUAUGUGGACAUUGUGGGUAGAUGCCCACUUGAAAUUCUGAGGGUCAUUUUACUACAGUUGGAAGCAACGCAAAUUGCGAGGUGCAUGCUGGUAAGCAAAGUCUGGCUCGCUCGUAUCAGCAAUCUUCCAGAAGUCUUCAGUCGAUUCGAUAUUAGCUUUUGCAAUCAUAGAGCUAUCAUAUCUUUCCAGAAGUUUGUUAAUAAAAUAAAUCAUAAUCAAACAGGAUCAAAGAUUGAAUCCGUCAAAUUUUCCAAUUCAUCCUCGUCCUGCGAACCUCGAUCGCUGUCCUUAUUGAUUGAAAACAUGCAGCCUCGCGUAAAGACAUUAAUACUUCACAGUCAAACAGCGGACUUUGAACAAUUGACAUCGGCUCUUUCCAAAAACACGACUCUUGCCACAGGUCUAGAACGACUGAGCUUGAGUUGCGGUUAUCGCAUGAACCCAUCAGCAAUGUUAGACCGCUUGUUCGUUAGAUCGGUUACCAAUAUCAGCCAUCUAGACCUCAUAUUUUCAACAUGUAUGGGCACCAGCCGCUCUAGCAAUAUCUCGAUGGCUGAAUGUGGCAACGAAGUGCAGGAGUUGCAACGUCUAAAAUCGCUGAAAAUAAUAUGUGAGCUAAAGAAGAUGCUACACAUAUUUCCACUCAAAUCCCUAUUAUGUUCAGGUCCGUUAGAUCGCCUAGAGAAACUUUGCAUUUGUGGGGUAUCGUUUGGUGCUGGUACGGGCUUUGGUUGGCUACCGCAUUUUAAAAACUUGAAGGAGCUCUGGUUGGAAAAUAAUAAAGAUGCGUAUUUGGAAGACUUCUUGAGAGUUGUCGUAUAUGUACCUCUGUUUUCAAGACUGUCAAAGCUUACGUUUCGUGAGCACCGUAUUUCCAGUCAGGCAGCAGACGUGAGGCAAUACCCCCGAUUAAUGGAGAACAUGAUUUUAAUGAAAAACAUAAGCACGUUGGAGCAUUUAGACUUGAUGGGGAGUUCAAUUAGCUCGCAUGGCCUACUUUCACUUCUUGCAGCUUACCCAUUUAAUAAGUUAAAAAGGCUUAACAUUGGUGAUUGUCCGCACAUUCACUUUCAGCGUGGAAAUGAUGUUGGCUACAUGGACGUCAAAAAGCUCCUCAAAUUAGUGCCUCACAUUGAAGAACUUCUACUUCCUCAAUCAGUGGCAUUAGAUGAUCGCGGUCUCAAAGUUUUCGCUCAAAACGUGAAGUACGUCAAGAAGCUACGAAGGCUGGAUCUUUCAUUCAACACGUCACUAACUGGUGUUUCGAUCUAUGAGCUUUUGCGAGCAUUCAAAGAAGAGUUUAUUGUUUUAGAGAGACUUGAAAUUGACGGUUGCUUGUCGGUAGCAGAGAGCACGGCAAAUGCUUUGAAACAGAGUGACUUAGUAAAAGAGCUGUCAUGCUCAUAUGAGAAAUCUUCUUGGAAGACCUACGGUGUGAACUCACUGGUUAUUUGUAGCUAG